AUGGCGGAAGGACCAGACAAGGCGGUGAACGGGUCUUCCGCAGCUGUGACUCGUCAAGAAGCUCCUGCGAGGAAAGACGCCAAAGCCGCAGAGUACCUUGACACCUUCGCGCGCUAUUCGGAUCUUCCACCGCCUUCCGUUCCGCUAGGACGCUUUCGAGGAACUCAGGAACGCAUCAUCGACUGCUUCGCUCCGCACGUUCUGGCGGAAGUCAGCGACACGGAGACAUUGCAGGCUCUUCCCUACCUUCUUCCUCCACCGCAACAUGCUUCCGACUUUUCCGCAGCGUCCUCUUCAAGCAGUCGAGCGCUUUGGGGACAGAGCUUCGAACCGCGCGCAUUGUUGCCCUCGUCGCUCGAUGAAGAGGUGAUUUCUGUUGAUCCGGCCAUCGCUGCGAAGCUGGAGCGGUUUUUGGACCUCAAGCGACAAGGGAUGCACUUCAACAAGUCGCUCAUGGAGACGCACGCGUUCAAGAACCCGCACCUCUACUCCGGCCUCGUCUCUAUGCUAGGUAUCGAUGAAGCAGCAUCCAAUCUAGCUUUCCUCGACACGGCUCGAUCGGAAUCGGGAUGGCGAAGCACAUUUCCCUUCUCGGAAGAAAUGCUGAUCGAAGGCGAUCCAAUAGCGGCGUCCAACAAGCAGGCACAAGAGGCUUACGCUGCCCGAGAGGCCAAGAUCAACGCAAAGGGCAAAAGAUCCAUCGACUUUGUCUCCUCCUCAACCUCUGCUUCUGACGAUACGAGAAAGACGGCACAGGCAGGCAAACAAGCCAGGCUUGACCGAUCCGCACAUGGCCGGUCCAAACAAAGCCGCUCGUCAUCUUCCCACACCAGCACAUCCGAUCGACAUCGGCGCUCUCGUGAUCCCUCCGAAGCGGGACCAAAAAUUUCCUCAAAACGUCACUGA